UAAGUUUUCAAACUGCCCAAUGUGGGGAAACAAGGAAAUAACCUUGGGAGAGAAAAAUCACCGUCGGAAGAGUGUCGACUGGGAUGAUAACGGGCUGCUGCAUUUAUUAGACAGAACUGAACCGGUCUGUUUGGGCGGACGCACAGGUUUUCUUGGAACCUUUGAUAAGAUUUAGAUGGACACAUUAGUAUAAGAAACGCUCAGAUUGUAUGGCCGGGGUGUUUGGAGUCUUAAAGUGACGAUCUUCUAAAUCCUAUGUGUUGUGUCAGAGCGCAAAACCGGCUCGUCUACAGCGCCCGCCCCAUUGAGGCUUUCUGCGCAGCGAUGGUGGGAGAUUGAUUAUAGUCUCCGGGAUUUACCGUGGAAAAAGCCAGAGAAAGAGCUGCUCCCCGAUCAGUGAAAACGGACUUAUCCCACACUGAUUUCGCUCUCCCGAUACCUCUCAGACCCUCUUAAAUCCUUAUUCUGGACCAGGUAUCCAAAAUACGCACAAGUGACGCCGGACUUUAUCUAUUUUUUUUUUUUAAUUCUAAGGAGGCUGCGUGUGUAUGUGUUUAUGUGUGGGGGGGAGUCGCCUCCGCAGUAGUAAGCGGGGGAGUGGGUUGGGUCGGCUUGGAGCCAGGCACACGUCGUCAGCGAUGAAAAGCGUAUAGGUGAGGGUGAAGGCGAGGGGAAGACGCGUCACCAGAAGCUGGCGAGUUGUUGGAGGGGGGAGAGAAAGUCGCACGUCGGACUCGCCGGCUCUGGAUUAUAGACUCUCCGGUCCAGACAACCCCCCCAAGCAGGUUCUUCAGGGAUCCCUACACAUUUCUCCCAUCUCUCUGAUCCGGGACCAGCUAUACUGGCUGCCGCGACCAUUGCACGCUCAUCUGAAAAGCGGGGUAUUAGCGGUGAUUCCGCGGAGCAACACAUACAAUGGCAACGGGCGCACUUCUGCUUGCCUUUGCGCUGCUUGGUGUUGCAGUCGCUCAGAGGGUUGUGACAGUCCAGAAUGGACCCCUGGUUCGGACCGAAGGCUCCCACGUGACCAUCUGGUGUAACGUGACGGGCUACAAAGAUGGCUUGAAACAGGACUUUGACUGGUCCAUGUACCUACCAACAGCUCCAGGACGGGAGAUCCGGAUCGUAAGCACAGCUCAAUCAGACUAUGCUUACGCUGUGUAUGCCCAGAGAGUCAACAGCAAAGAGAUCUUUGUGGAGCGACUGAGUGACGACUCGGCAGUGCUUCACAUCACCAGGGUGCAGGCCAGGGACCAAGGUGUGUUUGAGUGUUACACCCCCAACACGGACGGGCAGUACCUGGGAUUCUAUAGCGCACGCACCAACCUCACUGGCAAGCGGCACGUUCUGCAUCAGCUGUAG